GAACCCCUUCUCCUUGCCUAUGCGACGCUCGAUCAGUCCAGCGAAAGCCAUACAGCAAGAAGUCUAUGCCUCACUGAACUGCGAAACCUGUCCAGCUCCGACUUGCAGACCUGGGCGUUGACCACAGUCCGUUUGCUGCCACAGGGCAUAUAUAACGAGGUGGCUUGACUCACUGCCAGCUACGUCUAGCCUUUAGCCGAGGAUUGCUUUCAAGCGUGACAAACCGACGUGCGAAAAUGAGAUGGUUCCAACGCAAAGGGACUUUCAGUGAGAGGGCGCCCUGCAGACAUCAAUGCGGGCCUGUCUGUGAAGCAGCAGAGGGUGCAGAGGCGGCGGCUCUGGAUGCUGUGCACUUGGAUGUUGGGACACCGCCCGUCCAGGGAUGCGGAAUCGAAAACACAUGCUGUGGGCUGAAACUUGAGGCGCCGGACACGGUGGGGCCGUUCCUGAAGUUCUGGGGCCUGCAGCGCCUGGGCGAGGCGGCCGAAACUCCCACCAACCACAUGGCCUUCAAGGAGGAGCAGCUGCAGGGUAGCCGCGUCAGUGUAGAAGGCCGCAGUAGCGCGCAGCGCACCCAGGCCAAGGCGGCGGCUACGGCGGCCUCGGCUGCGGAGCCGCGUGUGUGGCUGGGGUCGGUGCUCUUGGUCACCAAGGCGCCGGUGGAGCAGGUGGUGGUCACCAUGCAGGACGAGGCCGGCAACCCCACUGGCUCGCCGCUGGCGCCCACACUCCUGGAGACGUACCACGACUGGAAGGCCGUGCGCUUCAUGAUGCGAGUGCCGGUGGCGGCGCAGGAAACCAAGGUGUUCUACGGCGUGUCGGUGCGUGGGCAAGCGCUGAAGCCGCAGGAGGGCGAGCGCUUCCACUUCUACAUUGCGGGCUACCAGCAGCCGGCGCACUGGGGCUACUACAGCUGCUCGGGCUUCUCACUGGACGUGCCCGCGGACAAGCGUGAGAAGUACUGGGGCGGGAUGAAGCCGCUGUGGGAGGACGUCAAGAAGACGCACGGUCAGAAACCGCUGCACCUGCUGGUGGGCGGCGGUGACCAGCUGUACAACGACGACGUCUGGACGGUCCCGGAGCUGAAGCCGUUCCUGGACAUGACGCGCAAGACGCCGGCGGACCGCGCCACCAAGCAGCAGGCCGCCUUCACCGACACCAUGCGCGCCGCGGUGGAGGCCUACUACUUCCACCACUACGCAGUGCACUUUGCGCAGCCCAUCAUCGCGGACAUGUAUGCGCUGGUGCCCCAGGUCAUGUCGUGGGUGAGCGCCUGCCUGUCGGCAGCACCCCGGGCUACGGGCAUGGAUCACGACAUCUUCGACGGCUGGGGCUCGUACCCGCCAUACCUGCAGUCCAGCACCGUGUUCAAGGGCAUAUUCGACCUGGCCAACACCUGGUACUCGGUGUUCCAGCAGCACUGCUCCAAGCACGAGAAGCCCAUGGUCAGCAUCUACGAGCUGGGCUGCAGCACGGCGGUGGUCACGUGCGAUCAGCGCCACCUGCGCCUGCGCGACCAGAUCCUGCCGCUGGAGCACUACAUGCGCCUCACCAUGCUCUGCACCAACCUUCCGGUGCACGUGCGCCACGUCGUGAUGGUGUUCACGGUCCCGGUGGUUUACCCGCACAUCCGCGGCGGCCAGAAGAUCCUGAGCUGUGUGGGCACCGAGUGCAUGUCGGGCAUGCUGGCCAAGAUCGGCGCGUCGCCCAUGAACCACUUCAACGAGCCCGAGCUCAUGGACGACCUGGACGACCACUGGACAGCCAGGAGCCACCAGGAGGAGCGCCGCUUCCUGAUCGAGCACCUGCAGAUGCUGUCGCGCUACCGCGGCUGCCGCGUGACGCUGCUGAGCGGCGACGUGCACGUGUGCGGCGCCGGCCACCUGUACUCCCACCCCUCCCCGCCCGAGGGGCAGGAGCGGCAGGACUACCGCUACAUGCCGCAGAUCGUCAGCAGCGCCAUUGCCAACCCGCCGCCGCCGUCCGGCCUCAUGCGGGUGCUGGAGUACUUCUCGGCACCUGGCAAGAUCAACAAGUACACGUCAUACCGCAUGGACCGCAUCAUCAAGAACAAGGUGGGCGUGGGCAAGAUCCUGGAGAACAAGCGCAACUGGUGCGAGGUGGUCGAACACGACGCGAACGACACCAAGUUCCCCGGCUUCAUCACAUUCCACCUGCGCGUCGAGGAGGAGCCCGGCAACAACACCACGAUGGUGUCGUACGAAUACCCGGUGGCGCCGCUGCAACCCGCCACACCCGGACACGACGACUACUUUGACCCUCGUACCGUCACCACCGCGCGCAACGCGUGCAGCUGCAUGUCGGGCUGAGCACCCGCAGGAGACCGCGGCCGGCCGGCCGGCUGCAGAGGCCAUCUCGGCGUUACCAGGUGGCCUGUCAGCGCCAAGAGACGAAUAGCCGAGAGCACAACCAGCAGCGCCUGGGGCGAUUACCGUAUUGUUUUCUUAGCAUUUUCUUGGCUAUGUGCCUGUGGAAACCGACCCCGGCUAUGUCCGGGCGAUGAGGUUGUUCGGCCUCAGACUGUGGAGGGGCUCAGCCCCUUUUCCCGUGACCGGGGAACACUUGUCUUAGCACCGACCGUUUGGAACGUGAGGACCACAAUGUGAGCUCGGUAUUGCAAGUGUUCUGGUGGCAUGUCCGCUUCACCCGGUAGGUCCGUCAGCACGGUGUGAUCAUUUGCACUGCGCGUGUAAGCGCUACAUAUUCUUGCGUAACCAAUUAAAACGCUUGACUGUGGUUGGGGCCAGCAGCCAUCGUGCGUACAGCUUGCCGGGGCCAUGGUAGAACCGUGUGUACGGGCCUGGGCGACCAUUGCCAUGCCCGUCGCCUGAUGACUUUGAGAUAGCAUUUAUGUACUGUGGCAGGAGCGUGACAUGACCCUCGAACUCGAACCACCCUCACGAGGUGAAAUGCUGGCAAUGUGGCAGUAACGGCAGUCAAUCCGAUAUCGCCGUCCGCUCUCUUGGGACGUGUGUAGUCUCAUUUGCCACCCAUCGAUCUACCCAUUGCCCAUGUGCAAGGACUCAUUAUCUGUUCUCCUGGUGAUCCGUUGGCAGCAUUCCUUCGACGCGACUACUUGGCGUGAUGAGCAGUAAUUUUAGAGCCGUUUACGGACUCCUGUUGUGAAUGCGGUAGCGCUGGGUAUUAGUGUAAGACUUACAACGGAGCUUGCAUCCCUUCGACCCAGGGCAUGUCAUUACUGCGUUACUGAGUUGGGAGUGCGCAUCCGCGGUGUGCAGCCUUUACCGCCAUAACAAUGCUAACCGGGCCACGCAUUGAUUGGUCAACAGGCACAAAUCCCGCUUCGGCAGUCGCCAGAUGCGUGAAUUGCCUCCAAUGCACGAAACCGUGUGGUCCAUGUCGCCUGCAAUGCUCCUAUUCACACGGGGUGGGGAUGGUCGAGGACUCGGGGACUUCCUUCUCCCAACUGUUAUCGAAGAUGCUUCAAGGAAACAAAAUGCGCACGACGCCUUCUAAUUGUUGC